CCCUGCACUCUUCAUCCAUACAUCUGAGCAUGGCCGUACAUUGCUUCUACUUUAUGUAGAUGACAUGUUGAUCACUGGAGAUGAUGUUGGGUAUAUUGAUUUUGUUAAGAAAAAAUUGAGUGAACAAUUCAAGAUGUCAGAUUUGGGGUCUCUCAGCUAUUUUCUCGGGAUUGAGGUCGAGCAUACCGAUGAUGGUUACUAUAUCUCCCAGCAAAAGUACACUCAGGAUUUGAUUCUUCGCUCAGGUCUCACUGACACGCGCAUUGCUGCUACACCUAUGGAGCUUCAUCUGCAGUUGCGUCCUACUGAUGGCACUCCUCUUGAGGAUCCCUCUCGCUAUCGUCACAUUGUCGGCAGUCUAGUGUACCUCACAGUGACCAGACCUGACAUCGCACAUGCGGUCCAUAUUCUCAGUCAAUUUGUCUGUGCUCCCACCUCAGUUCAUCAUGGUCACCUAUUCCGAGUCCUUAGGUAUUUAAGGGGAACUACAUCUCGCCGCUUGUUCUAUGCUAAUUCCAGUCAGCUCCAGCUUCAUGCUUACUCUGAUUCCACUUGGGCGAGUGAUCCUAUUGAUCGUCGCUCGGUCACUGGCUAUUGCAUAUUUCUUGGUACAUCUCUCAUUGCAUGGAAAUCAAAGAAGCAAACUGCUGUGUCUCGCUCCAGCGCCGAGGCAGAGCUUAGGGCUCUCUCUACUACUACAGCAGAGAUUGUAUGGCUUCGCUGGCUAUUGGAUGAUCUUGGUGUCUUAUGUCAUACACCAACACCUCUUCUUUGUGACAGCACUGCUGCUAUUCAGAUUGCUAAUGAUCCAGUCAAGCAUGAGUUGACCAAACACAUUGGUGUGGAUGCCUUUUUCACUCGAUCUCAUUGUCAACAAUCCACUGUCAAGCUACAAUAUGUCCCAUCAGAGCUUCAAG